GCUUUGCUUCCGGCGGGUACGAUUCUCGCAACGCUAACCGUUGCGCCAUUUUUCAUGCAACAGUCAUCAAUGUUCAUCUAGUGUCAAUGUCGCAUUCGAAAAUCCAUUUUAUUUUGAUAUUUUUGUAGUGUACUUCGUGGAGAAAAUAAGAGACUAAAACACAAGCCUAUUUUUGACGAACCUGUGUCUCGAAUUUGGUGAGUUAAAUUACAAUCGGAUUGUUUUCGAAGGAAGUGCUGGACACUUAAAAGCAACAAUUCUUGUGCAACUCCAUCGCGGGAUUUAACCUUAGCCUAACCAUGGCGGCAGCCGUCAGAUUGUUUGCCACUCUGCUCAACAUUUCAAUCAUACUCGUCCUAAUUUUAAUAUUAGUUUCUGGCUUUGCCUUGCCAAGCAUCAACGUACACUUUAAUACCAGACCAGGGACAAUUCUCACAGAGUUGCAGAACCAGGGACAGAGCUUCGAAUUGGACCCCACCAGUAGUAAGUACUUUGGCGUCACAGACAGCGGUAAGCUCGUCACCAACAGACCCCUGGUAGAUUUGCUGGGGAGCAGCUUGACCGUCGGUAUCCGGCACCGGAUUGGUGACCAUUCCUGGAACGAGCAGAUCAAUGUCAGAAUCGUCAACACCGGAAGGGACUCAAAGCUGCACUUUGCCGACAGCAGAUACCAGGGUGUCAUCACUGAAAACAAUCCUUUGGGGGAGAAAGUUCGGGGACUGUCGGACUUGCGAGUAGUUGUGCCCAUCUACGCCCAAGGCAUGCCCGUCCAGUAUGAGUUGCUCGGCCAAGGCAGCGACAAGUUUCACCUGGAAGUUUCAGAAGAUGAUUCCACUGUCGGCGUGUACGCCGACGCACCGUUGCAGGUGGCCGAAAAAGAGUUUUACAAGCUGACCUUGGAAGCUGUAGUGAACGAUGAGGUUGCCAUGACAGAAGUCCAGAUCUGGGUACUUGGUUUGCACCCUCCCGUCUUUGCCUUCUCAUCAUUCAUCUACAGUAUCGCCGAAAACUCCCCCGUGGGCACAAUCGCUGGUACGGUGUUUGCGACAGACGAGGACAUGGGAGAGAACGGUCACGUUACCUACCAUCUCUUAAAACCCAACCGGUAUUUCACGGUCGGGCAGGAGAGCGGACUGGUGACGGUCACAGAAACAACCCCCAUUGGCGAGUACAAAAUGCAAGUCGUUGCCCGGGAUGCUGGCACCCCCUUUCAAGAGUCGGCUCCGGUUCCCCUGCAGAUCAGCGUGAUUUCUUCCUCGUCCAACAUGAUCCCGUACGGAAACGACAUGAUGUUCGCUCCCGACUACAAACCCAGCAAGAGAUUUAGACGAGAAGUUCUCCCGGAAGAGAGAGUACCCGUUAACGAGGAUACAGCCAUCGACACAGUUAUAUUCACUGUAUCAAGCCUAAAUGACACUGAUAGGUUUGCAUACGUCGGUACGCCCAAUCCUCUGUUUGGCCUGAACGAGACCACGGGCGAAGUUACGCUCCUUGGCCAACUCAACUUUGAACAGGCAACAGUGCACGAGUUUGAAGUGGAGAUCACUAAUGUUGAAAAUACUGACAAGCGUGACACCCAGCGCAUCAUCAUUGAGGUACAGAACGUUAAUGAGCCCCCACAGUGGGAGAUCGUGGUGUACCCCUACAUCGCGGUGGUACCUGUGGAUGCCUCCACCGGUGCCUCAAUCUAUCGUCUCAGAGCCUCUGACCCUGAGGGCUCCGAUGUGCGCUUCUAUCUCAACUCUGGUGGGAGCGGCUUGUUCACCGUCGACGAGGAAAGUGGCUCGAUCAGGACUAGCCUGUUGGAGGGCCAGACCUACGAGCAAGGCCGGAAGUACAUUCUGAGUGUCUACGCCCAGGACGAGAACGGAAGCAGCAUACCCGCCGAGGUCAACAUCUUUGGUGGCAGCCAUCCGCCGCAGUUCACCCAGGAGGUGUACAACGUAGCAGUGGAAGAAGAAAAGAUUGGGGAGCAAAACGUGAUAGACAUCGACGCAUUCUCCUUCAGCAACGUAGCUGUCACCUUCGCGCUCCUGAACAGCGAGACCAACCAGCCGAUUCCACGUCACUCCAUUGACCCUUCCUCUGGCCUGAUCAAACUGCUGGAAAAUGUGGACCGGGAGGUGCUAGACUCGUACUUCUUGGAAGUGCAAGCGACUGAAGACGUCCAAGAUGGCUUGUCCACUACUGUCCGGGUGAAUGUUGAAGUGACUGACAUCAAUGACUGUGUUCCCAAGUUUGAACGUGAAACAUACUCGUUCAGAAACGUCAUUGAGACAAUUGACACAACUACACCCAUCGGAACAGUUGCGGCCACCGAUUGCGACGCCGACCCCAACAACAUCUUGACCUACAGCCUGAUCGGGGCCCAGGCCGACAAGUUCAGGCUAGACUCUCAGGGGGUGCUCUACGCAGCCACUGGGCUGGACUACGACGUUGGUGACGGCUCCUACGAGCUGGAGGCUCAAGUCCAGGACCAGGCCGGGGGUGCAGACACUGCCAAAGUCUGGGUCUACCUGACGGAUGUGAACGACGAACCUCCGGUCUUCUUGAACACGGAUGGCUCGGUGUAUUACAUUGAUGAGGACGCGCCAGCUGGCUACAUCAUUGGCACUGUCUAUGCCAGCGAUGCUGAUAAGACCGACACCAUCACAUUUGGGAUUCAAGGCUCCAGUACCUUCCAGAUUGAUCCCCAAACUGGUGUGAUUUCCCGCAUAGGCACCGGCAACUUACCGGAAGCCAGUUACCGCUUCAACGUCACUGCCACCGACGGAAAGUAUACCAGCGAUGCUGAAGUUGAGAUUCAAGUCAACGAUAUUAACGACAACACUCCGGUCUUUCCUGAUUGCAGUACCUAUACCCCAUCCAUAUCCGAAAGUGCAGGGAUUGGUACAUUCCUCAUCAAGGUGCAAGCCACUGAUGCCGACAAAGGCGUCAAUGCGGAAAUCGCAUACGACAUUGCUGGAUCCAACAACCCCUUCACGAUAGAUGCAGUCACCGGUGAUAUCUCUACCCAGGAUCCCCUGGAUCGUGAGACCACGCCCACCAUCGACAUUGUCGUCACGGCACAGGACAAUCCCGGAAGCAUCUUCAGCAACCAGGGCUUUUGUUUUAUCACGGUGACCAUCACAGACGUCAAUGACAACCGACCAACCUUCCCACUGGAGGAUUAUGUCGUAAUUAUCAGCAACACAGUACAACCAUUCACUACGAUUCUGACGGUUCAAGUUGAGGAUGCAGACCUUCCCACACCAGCCGGUUUUACAUAUGGCCUAACAGGGCAAAAUCCAGUGCUGUUUGAAAUUGAUCAGGAUGGAGAAAUCUCUCCUGUAGCAGAUCUGAGCGGUUAUGAUGACAAUACCUUUAACUUCAAGGUCGAAGCCGAAGAUGGCCCCAAUAAGGCCAAAAGCAACGUUCAGGUCAAAGUUCUGGCUACUGGUGUUGAUCAGCCCCCUGUAUGGGUCAGCACAUUUCCAGAUAUCACUGUAAUGGAAAACAUCUCCAUCAAUGAUGUUAUAGGAACUCUGGAGGCGCGGUCCCAGAGUGGCAACGGAGUGGGCUACAGGGUUGUACAAGGCCAGAUUCCGCAAACAAACUCUGAGGGCCAGUUUGCCGUUCAAAACGUCGGUGACAGCAUGAUAGCCAACUUGUACAUCAGCGCUCCACUGGAUUAUGAAACGACUAAGUUUUACAAAUUGCAGAUGGAGGCUUAUGAUGACGGCAACAGGUUGUCCAUCCUUGGAACCCAGACAGUGAAUGUUCAGGACGUGAAUGACGAAACUCCACAAUUCCCCGUUACAAACUUCUUUGUGGCCUACCCAGAGGAUGUGGAUCCACCAUUCUUGGUCACCCAAGUGCAGGCUGAGGAUGCUGACACAGAACCAGCUUUCAAAACAAUAACAUACUCUCUGGACCCAAGUUUUUCGGAUGCCCCAUAUUUCAGCAUCAACCCAACAACUGGUGCUCUCACCAGCCUUAUCAAGUUUGAUCGUGAGUCUGAGGAUAGUUACUCUGUUCAGGUCGUUGCGACAGACGGUGCUCCCUCUAGCCUACCUAGUGCUGGCGGUCCUAAUAAAGGUUAUCUGCGUGUGGUGAUCAACGUGGUGGACAAAAAUGACAACCCCCCCGUCUUUGACGCACCCAUGUACAUCCGGACAAUCAGAGAGGAUGAGCCAGUCGGGUCUGAAGUCAUCCAAGUGACUGCAACUGAUGUGGAUCCAGACAGCAUACCGAGGUACCUGAUUACAGCAAACAACACAGGCGGUGCCUUUGAGGUAGACCCAGCUACUGGAGCCAUUUCCAUCGCCUCUCCCCUGGAUUACGAAACCCAGCGGGAAUACUGGCUGAUGUACACGGCCAACGACGGUCUGAACGUGGCCAGCACCGUCAUCCGCAUUCAGCUCGAGAAUGUGAACGACGAAAAACCUGAAUUUGAAGCCCCGGUCUACACGGCGGAAGUGAGCGAAAACGACCCGAACGUCCCUCGCCAAUUACUACAGGUCAAGGCUGUAGAUGGCGAUGCAGAUGCUAACCAAGCGGACAUACGCUACUCCCUGGAAGGCACAGGAGCCGGUACCACCUUCACCAUCGACGCCGUCACCGGCCAGAUCACGCUGACUGAGAUGCUGGACCGAGAAUCCGUCAGUAUCUGGAAGCUCUUGGUGAAGGCCACGGACGGGGGGAGCACGGGCACAUCCCUGACGGGAUACGCCGAUUUGGAAGUGACGGUGUUGGACGAAAACGAUAACAGUCCGUUCUUUCCUGAGCUGGAGUAUAGGGGGUCUGUCCCUGAGAACUCCCCCGGCGGAACCCGUGUCAUGCAGGUCACGGCCAUAGAUUAUGACGAUCCCAACGGAUUUGGCCGCAUCACCUACUCCACCAUCAGCAGUUCAGAGAUUCCCAACGACGGAUCGGGUCUCUUCCAGAUUGACGGAUCCACGGGCUGGGUCACAGUCAAGAGUGGGGCCGUACUGGACCGGGAGAAAAACGACACCUACACGCUCAGGAUCCGGGCUUCAGAUGUUCCCAAUAGCGAGGCUUUGACCGAUGCCAUAAUUCAAAUUCUGGAUGUAAACGACAAUGCACCUGAGUUUGUGGGAGGCCCCUACGCGACGUCCGUGGAGGAGACGCAGCCCGUCGGAGCCACGGUCUGGGAAGUCUCGGUCACCGAUGCCGACGUCGAUUUCAACGAAGAGGUCCAGUUUAACAUCAUUGGUGGCAACGUCGGGGGCAGCUUUGAGAUCGUUGCCGACCCGUUGACGCUCAUCGGAAUCAUCAGGAUUGCCAGACAAUUGGAUUACGAGUCCCCAAAUAAACUGUACACGCUGACCCUCACCGUCGAUGAUAACUCCGGCCCGGAUUCCCAGAGCCAGACUACGAUCACGAUUGACGUCCUUGACGUGAACGACAUAGCGCCAACCUUCAAUCCCGCUGAAUACGUCUCUGCUAACGUCCUAGAAAGUGUGGCUGUAGGCACCUACAUUGGCACAGUCAGCGCCUCGGACCCUGAGGCAGGCUUGUUUGGCCAGUUCACGUUCUCAAUUGAUCCGGCCUCAGAUCCCGAUGGUCUGUUCAGCAUCGAAGAAAUACUCCCCGUAGGGGCCGUAAAAAGAGCGGAUGUGCAAACGGCAAAGCCUUUGGACAGGGAGAAAGUAGAGACACACGUCUUGACCCUCAGGGCCACUGACCUGGGUGUGCCACCAUUGACUGGCUACGCGACCCUCAACCUGACCCUGGACGAUGUCAACGACACUCCGCCGACGUUUGCCACGGAUUACCGGCCCACGAUCAAAGAGAACCUGGCCGUAGUUCAGUUUGUAGGGUACAUCAGUGCGAAGGACGAAGACCCCACAGGCGGACCACCGUUCACUCUGGUAGUAGAGCCAAACACGGACACCAACAGUUUUACAUGGUUUGAUGUUGACGGUCUCACAGGGAACAAUCUCAGCAUUUCCUCCAAGGCUAUCAGCUUUGACAGAGAAGCGCAGGCUACUUACUCCAUCCCGAUCCGAAUCACAGACAAGGCACCCAACGGCAACAGCGGCGUCCAAAACCUGAUCGUGGAGAUUGAGGACGAAAAUGACAAUCAACAUUACGGCACCACCAAGGAAAUGCUGGUCUACAGUUUUGAGGGUGACAUCCCUGAAACCAGGAUUGGUAACAUUCCUGAUUCCCCGAUCGGUUUUGUUGGAGUGAGUGACAAGGACACUUUAGAAGAUAAGACCUACUUCCCUGACCUAAGUGACGUGUACAAGCAAUACUUCCGGGUUGACGAAGACACGGGUCAGGUUACCAUCUUAGCUGGCACGCCAGCGGGUACCUACAACUUUGACGUGCGUGUCGCUGAUGAUGGCAAGUAUGAUGACCAGACAUCCACCGUCAUCGUGGACGUCAGGGACAUCCCGGAAGAAGCCGUACGCAGCUCGGGGUCCUUCCGCUUCGAAGGGGUGACGGCUGAGGAACUAAUCACCGUACCGUCGGGCGGCGGGGAGACCAAACUGGACAUUCUGAAGAACAUCCUGGCCGAAAUCAUCCCCGCCAAACCGGAAAACGUCGACAUCUUCAGCGUGAUCAACGUUCCCAACCAACCCAACACGGUUGACGUCCGGUACUCGGCCCACGGCUCACCUUACUACCCGCCAGAGCAAAUGGACGGGGCCGCACUUGCAAACAGAGACGGGAUUGCGCAAGCCUUGGGAGUGACCAUCGGCAUGAUCAAGAUCGACAUGUGCCUGUUGGAGUCGGCCUGCGAGUCGGCUUGUACCAACGUACUGGAGAUAGAUCCCCAGCCCACCCUCAUCAACACGCCCUCUGCCUCCUUCACGGCGGUCACUACGAGCACCGUGGCCAAGUGCGUGUGUGGGGCCAACACCCAGCAGCCGGGACUGUGCGACUUUGACGCGUGCCUCAACGGCGGAACGUGCACUGAAACACAAGGCGGUGGACACACGUGCCAAUGCCCGACUGGCUACGACGGUCCGGACUGCCAGCAGACCACCCGUGAGUUCAAAGACGGCUUUGCUCACUUCGGCACCCUCCAGCAGUGCGAGGAGACCCACACCUCCUUGGAGUUUAUCACCACCGCUGCCGAGGGGGUGCUGCUCUACAACGGCCCCAUGAUCCCGGUGACCGGCGACAUGCCCGAGGAUUUCAUGCUGAUUCAGCUGCUUGGAGGGCAGCCAAAGCUCGAGAUCAACUUGGGUUCCGGGACGUUGUCCCUCAGCCUACCAGCUACUACCAACCUUGGCGACGGCAAGUGGCAUCGCUUAGACGUUUACCGGAAUGGAAAGGAUGUAGAAUUCAUGCUGGACCGUUGCAAGGAUGCGGCGGUGGCUGAAGCCUCCACUUCCAGCAGCCGGCAGACAGACCAAUGCAAGAUAACCGGCCAGGCGCCUGGAGACAACAAGUUCCUGAACGUCAACACUCCUCUACAGCUCGGCGGUAUCGACGAGAGCCCGGGCUUCACAUACCCCGUUGACAUCACGUUUGCCGCUAGCUACGAUGGCUGCAUGAAGAACUUGGAGCAGGACAGCACCUUGUACGACCUGGAGACACCAGGAAAAGCAGCAGGCAGCGAGGCGGGCUGCUCCAAACUGGUCUGCGGGGAGUGUAACAACGGGACCUGUGAAGGGGACUUCAGCACCUAUACGUGCCUGUGCGACCCGGGCUAUACAGGCGAGAAGUGUGAUCAGACAACCCCAGCCUACGACUUUGCAACUGAGAGCUAUGUCCGGUACCAGCUGAAGCCCACAAUCGUGAUCGACAGCCGGGAGGGCAACUAUCAGGUGUCAUUCCGCACCCGCGAAGACGAGGGACUGCUUUGGACCAUCACAAACCUGAACGGCCUGGAGUUUACAACGCUUGAGUUGAUCAAUGGGUAUAUCCGGAGCCGUUGGAAUCUGGGUGACGGGGAACACUCCAUGUACCUGGACCAGUACGCGGUGAACGACGGGGAUUGGCACAUGGUCCACCUGGAGCGCUUUGACUUCUACAUCACGGUCCGGAUCGACGGGGGCGGCGGGGUGCGUCAGAUGGAGAGCAGGGAGAGCACCUUCAGCACCUUGGAGGUUGACCCCAACAGCUUGCUGCUGGGGGCCUUUGUGGUGCAUGUGGUGGACAUCUCCCAGGACUUCCAAGGCUGCAUGAACGAUCCCCGGAUCAACAACUUCUACCUGGGCUUUGAGACAGAGUCUGACUACGCGAUCCCUCAGCCUACCGCCUCGGUGACCGAGGGCUGCCCCAGCUACGAUCCUUGUGCCAGUAACCCUUGCCCAGUGCCGUUCAUAUGCAAGGACGUGUGGAGGAAGUACAUCUGCAUUUGCAAGCCAGGCUUUGAGGAAUUGGGCAACACGUGUGUAGCCAUCGAUGACUGUGAUCCUAACCCCUGCCUGAACGGUGGUAUAUGCACCGACCGCGAGAGUGGCUUUGACUGCGAAUGCCCGGACGGCUACAGAGGCGACAUAUGCGAUGUGAAGGUGGUCCCGCGGGUAGGCGAGCCGCUGAACCUCAGUAUUGGAGCCAUCCUGGCCAUGAUUCUCUGCAUACUGAUCAUCAUAUUGAUGCUGCUGGCUUUCGUCUUCUACAAGCGCAACCAAGACCGCAAACAGGCCUUGGCCUUCGCCAUCGAUCCCGACGACGACAUCCGAGAGAACUUCAUCAACUACGACGAGGAAGGAGGCGGGGAGGAGGACCAGGAUGCCUACGAUGUCAGCACCUUGAGGAAACCCGUGCAGCCGGUGCAGCCCAUGGAUGAUUACAUCAAGCCGCCGACUACCGUGGUGCCGCUCAGCCAUGCUCCUAGACCUACCGGUGAUGACCCCAACGUUGGUGACUUCAUCAACGAUCGUCUCAAAGAUGCCAACGACGACCCGGAUGCCUACCCCAACGAUUCCCUCAAGGAGUUUGACUACGAGGGCGAGGGCUCGUCGGCCGGCAGCCUCAGCUCUCUCAACAGUAGCAGUACAGACGGCGAUCAGAACUACGACUACCUCAACGACUGGGGACCACCCUUCAAGAAGCUGGCCGAUAUGUACGGAGGCGGUGAAGACGAUUAGACAAACGACAGGUACAAUCACUGGCUUACUGAGAUGAUCAAAUCAGAGCUUCCUUGUAGUCAAAAUAAACUGAACAGUUAAUGAAAGAUAUGAUUACAUAUGGGUUUAACUCCUUCCGUACAGCAAGUUAUAUCAACUUCAAAUAGAGCCAUUGGAGACAGAGAAUAUAAUCGGCUUGAACAUCGUAGUGUAUUGAUUUACUUCUGUCUAUUAAGGCCAAAAAAAAAAUUACUCAAAAAAAACACCGUACUCAGAAAGUUAAGUCCAGGCUUCUCGUGAUGUAAAAUAGAUAUUUGCUGACGAAAUCACUUUGUUGUGAUUCUUUACGAAAGAGGAAAAUAGAAAAAAAAGUGACAACAUUUUUGUAUUGCAGUUGUGGUUGUGAUUGUUUAAAGAAAAGACUGUUGCAUUAAUUAUGAAAGUUAAUGUAGUUUAAGAUUCAUUUGCAGAAAGAUGUUGUAUAAAAGCUGUUGAUUUUUGUACUAAAUGCUUAAAAUGGUUGGUAGUAGAUUUUUAGACUGGACUCUAAAUCCACCUGAGGAUUUAAAUAAGAUUUGUUGCUCAUCCACUGGGUGGAGUUUGUGGGUUUUUAAGCUCCGUAUGUAAAUUUGGCACAUUUGAUCAUUUUGUAGGAGUAUUUUUCAUCGCAGUUAAUUGUUUAUGGUCAAUUUUUAAAAAAUGUUUGAAAAUAAGUUUAGCCAGUUUCUAAAAUUGUAUCAGGAUUAGGCUAAACCUGUGUGCCCUGUGUGCCAGCUGUAGACUACAGAAACAGUCACUUUUAAGUCAUAUUUUUUGCUUUCUUGAAGUAUGAAAGAACAAAAAAGAGCUUUCUUGCUCCGGUAAUUUUUAUAUUUUCAUUAGUACUAGACCCACCCAUUGCUGUGUAAAUACGCUGGCCUGUUUGAUAUCAGUACUACUCUUGCUGUUGUCCAUAAGAGGCAUUCUAUCAAGUUAAGAGUCAAAGUGUGACAUUUUUCUUGUCCCUGCUACCUCUGAUUUUUGUAAUUUGCCCUUCAAGUAUCAUCAAGAAUGUCUUCAAGCGAUUGUUUUAUUUGCUGGGUAGGUAGUUUGCUAUUUAUAAUCGCUUAUGAAGGAUGACUGCAUUAACCCUAACCCCCUAGGGUGAUUUACUAAAAAACCUUCCUCAUCCUUGCAAAUCCCAACACCAUGUGGUAAACUGUACACAUAAACAGUUGGACUUUGGUAUGCCAAACCCCAUGUAAAGCAUAAUCAAUUUACCAGUGCAGUACUCCUCCUAACAGAUUCCAACAAACCCUUCUGUUGGAGUUUGACUGGAUGGGGAUCGUUAGGGUUAAGGAAGGGCAUCAAAAUUACAAAAUCAUAGAUGUCAGAUGUAACAGGGACAGAAAAAAAAAGUGGACCCCCAAAUUUAUAGAAUGACCGGUAAUGCAAUGCGACCAGAUGGCAGUGUGAUGCAUCUUAGAUACAGUUUGCCGACUUGAAGGCACAAAUAUUAAGGUAUGUUCAAUGGGCGCCUCGCGGAACAAUAGAGGGCGCUAUGCAGCCCACUCAUGAGAGCGAGUUAAGAACACAUAUAAAGUGUGGUCACUACUAAUUUCCAUCUGACAGGAAUAAACCCUAGCCUGCUCCAUUAGACGAUCUCGACUGAGUGUGGACGCACAGCGGACAUUUCUGCUCGAGCGUUGAUCGAUAUCGGUGCUCGUCAGCAUUUUCAUCAUUUAGGGGUACUUCCGCGCAGAGUCCAUGAAAAAGCCGUGAUAAUACUGCCGGCUUACUUUUACCCAAGCGUGAUCGUGUCUUUACGUUGGUCGUUUCUAAUGUUAAGGAUGAUACAGCAGGGUUGUACAAUUGUGUGAAUAUGUUCAAUAGUUUAACAAACAGAAAAAGUGCGACAAGUAGGUUUAGACAUUCUUUGAAAUGAUAUUGUAAUGUGUUUUUUAAAUUCAUUUGGUUUGUUUUGUCAGUUCCGCAAUCUACAUUUAAAAAAACUUGAAAGUACUUGUAAUUAGUUAGUACUGUUUUGUACGAUUACUUGCACAGUGUCAGAGGAUCGGACUGAUUUGUUAACAGUUGCAGAAAAAUAUGUGAAUAGUGGUGCUUUUUUUAAUUGUGCCUUCACUCAUUAGAAUCGAGGUUCGUUUUUUUGGUUUUCGUUCGUAGUACAUUUGUAGGCUAUCGUAAGCAUGCUUUCUACAGAAGAUUAAUUUGUGAAAAAUGUAGGUCAAAGAUUACAAGGAGACUUAGUACAUAAGAUGUCACAAGGCUGGGCCCAGAGUCUGUUGUUACAGGUUCUGAAACGUGUUGAAAAUACUUGUAUGGGGAGAUUGGGUGCCAGACUAAAGAUCAUUACAAAUGUUCGUGGUUUACUAAGACCGAAUGUCAGAAUAACUUGGCUAUGGCUUAAAAUUACACACGAGUCUAUGGGAAGUGGCUGCAGCCGCUACCAUAGACACAAGUGUAAAAUCAAGCCGUAGCCAUAUAAUUCCCGAAUUACAUGUACUUGACUAUGGCUUGAAAUUAAACACUACAUGUAGUCUACGGUAGCGGCUGCAGCCGCUUCCCAUAGACUCGUGUGUAAUUUCAAGCCGUAGCCAAGUAAUACGGACAUGGCUGAAGACACCAAUAAACCCAUGUGGCUUACGUCUUACCAAAAUUAGAAAAGGGCCUUUUUAAAUUAUUCUUUUUUUAAUAGAAAGAUUGUCACAAAUGUUUUGCACAUGUAAAUUUAAGCUUGCCCUGUAAUGUUAUAUAACUCUUUUCUUAGCAUACACUUAAGCUAUUUUGUAGAUUUAUUUUCGGUGUAAAUAUAUUGCUUAUGUUGAGCUUAUCAUUCUUGCUUUAGGUUCCAUCCAGUAAAUAAUUAUUUAACAGUUAUUCAUGUACUUUUAGAUGCCGUUCAAAAAUAAAUGCCAAAACAAAAAAUGCUUUCUUCAAUGGACCAAAACCACAUUUGGCCUGAAGUGUGGGUGUAUCAUGAAAUUUUGGACUUGGUCAAAAAAGGCCAAUUUGAGUGUAUUGCACAUGCUCAGUGCAAACAUUCAAAGGUACAGACACUAAGAUUCUGGCAGAAACUUUCUUCAAGGCAAAAUUAUUAAGAAUUUCAUUUGGACCUUGACUUCACAUCACACCACUUUCGCCUUUGAUUUCCCCUCGGUACAUUUGUACCUUUCUCUAGAAGGUUUUAUGGAAUUUGUUUUUCUGCAAGAAGUCAUGUAUAGUAAGGAAACAGUUCUUCCAAGGAAAUUUCAUGUACAAAUGCGAUGUCUUAAAACGCUUGUUAUGCUCAUCAAUCAAAGAUGGAAAUUCAUGGAAAAGAUCAAAAUGUUGUGUUUGUUAUAAAAAAAAACGCUUUUAAAAAAUUUUCUUAAAAAUUCUGCGAUAUUCAUUGUCCAUUGUCAGCAGUUGUUUAUAUAGUAGACCUAAUUUGCAAUAUUUAACUUACUUUAAUUACAUAGCACCUGCAAUUGAAAAGUUAGUCGCUAGUCACUUGAAGUUUUAAGUUGUAUUAUAAUUGAUUAUUAUGCAAGCAAAACUGAACGUAGAACAGAUUAAGUGUGAUGUGGUAUUUGGCCAAUUAAAAAAAUGCCAGUUGAUCGUCCCUGCCCGCUUUCUUUUUUGAGGCUCCAUCAUUUUUUUUAAAAUUUCAGGCAUUACCUUUUUUAAAGAUGUUUCAGAAGUUCAGAUUCUACUAAUAGCUUUACUAAUGUUCAAUAAGCACUUUAAGAAGGUGUUGUGGCUAUCAACUAGCAGACAACUACCCAGAACUAUCAAAUAAAAAGGGCCUCCUCCUUUUUCAGGCACAUAUCAUGUAAGCUAAAUAUGGCUUUUUUAGCCUACUUUUCAAUAAAAAAAUUAAAAAGGGCCUCGUCCUCCUCUUUUUGAAAAAGAACCCCGGACGAUCAACUGGUGUUUUGUUUUUUUACUUGGCCUUAGUGUAUUUUUUGUUGUUUUAUGUUUGAAAUAUUUGUCUGUGUUCAUGGAACAUUGUAGUAUUCAUAAUUAUUUUGUUAGAUGAUUUUGGCCUCGUAUGCUCCAUCCGUUUAAAAUUGAGUGAUGGAAGUUUAAAAUGCUGUAUAAAAAAUUAGAAGUAUGGUGCAUCCAUCGAAAGAUAGUUUGAAAGCAGUUUUCAGUUAGGUCUGGAUUUUUUAAAAGAAGUUUGUGUGUUAUAUCCAAGCGUUGCACUAUAAAGAUUUUUUUAAAAUGUCGUUAGGUGUCGUUCUCCAAAAGAUAAGGUCUCUAGUUAGAUCAAGAAAUUACAUAAAAAUAGUUUACCGAAUGAAAAGUACUUUUUUAAGCUGUAAAGUGUAUAAGGCUUUUAAUGUUUAGAGGAUUAAAAUUGAUUUAACCAGACAAAGUAAUUUUAAAUACGGUUCAUUCAUCAUAUUCACAUAAAAUUCUCAUUUGAGCAAGUACACAAUUAAUUCAAAGUAAACACAAUUUUCAAAAUAAAAUCUCUUUUCAGUUUUAAAAUUUGCGUUGUUUGCUGCUCAGUUUAUGGUAGAAAUUAAAUAUCUUGAUGCCAAAGCGUUAUUUUGUAAUUGAUUAGUAAAGAGAGAGAAAAAGCGAAACGCAGCAUUUUAGGGCUACUAUUAAAUCAAGUUGUUUUAUUACUCCAGUACAGUAACACGCAAGAUGUAGUCCCUUUUUAAAAAAUCGCCACGCUGGUUUGAAUUAUUAUGAAAAUAAAAGAUUCCACUGGAAUAGUUA